GUGACGCGCCGCCUACGGAAGUUUCUUACAGGCUUUUACUGAGAGUUUCAGUGGAUUGGAGCGUCUGACGGGCACUGACUAACAUACAACCAUCCGGAGAAAAACAACAACAACCGGAGCGAUAAAAACACGUUGAAGUUCUGCCACAGACGAGUCUACGAUGAUUCCUUGACCUCAUCCCAUGUAGAAGAAUUCCUGCAGUGUUCGUCCUGCAGCAUCGUGUUCUGGUCAUGUCCUUCGUCCCGCCGGAGAGUUCCCAGCCUGUGGCCGAGUGGCUGAAUGGCCUCCGGCUCGACCAGUACUGCUCGGCCUUCCAGGAAGCCGGACUGCGAACGCUGUGGGAGUGUCAGGAUCUAACCUCCGCCCAACUGCAGCAGAUGGGCGUGGCUCUGCCCGGCCACAGGAAGCGGAUCCUCGGCAGCCUGCACAAGCUCUUCCCCUCGGCGGUGACCAUGGAGGAGGACGAGGAGCGAGAGGAGGACAGACCCGUCGCCCGAGAGAGGACCAGAUUCAAAAUGACUCCAGACGGCGGCACAACAGAAAACAGCGUCGCUGGUAGGCGACCGCCUCCCGUCCCGCCUCGGGUCACGCCCAAUCGACCUCCCGUCCCCUUCACGCCUGGAUCGGUAACCACGGUGACCGCUCCUGACCCCGUCGGCGUUCCUGAACAAAGGGAAACGCCCACACCUGCUGAACGAUCCAAGCCCAUCCCGACUCCGAGGCCACGCCCAGAACACCUGUCUCUUAAAGGGCCGGUGCAGCAUCUCCAGACGAGCGAGAGGAAACAGUCUCCUGUGUCCCCCACUCCCUCAUCCUCUUCAUCCUCCUCAUCGGAGCGCUUCCACCUGUACGAGCAGUGUUCGUCUCCCUCUCAGGGAGAAGCGGGCGCUCCUCCUCUUCCUCCUAAGAGCUACGCCGUGGGCGUCUCUAAAGAGCCCAGAGAUAGCCCGUCACCUCCUCCGGUCCCCUACAGACCCCCCGUUCCACCUCCACGCGCCUCCGUCUGCCCCAGGACUACACAUCCCAGAAGCACGUCAUCCGGAAGCCCGCCCUUGAUCAGCUCUCCUGCAGAUGAUCCUUCAGACACGGAUCGAGUCCCACACAUCCCGCCUCGGAUCAUCAGACCUCAGAGCGAGAGCCAGAGGAGAGACGUCCCGCCGCUGCCACUCAAAAACAAGUUGGAUUCAGAUGAAAGUUCAGAUGAAUAUGACGAGCGCGAGCCCAGCAGAGACGCUAAACUCAUAGACAUGGCCAGCAAGCAGAUGUCCUUGGUGGUUCCCAAGGCGGCAAAACCCCGCUACAACAGCCUGUGCAGCGAUGACGAGCUACUGGACGAUGACACCAGCUGUUACGAAUCCGUAUCUGUCAAGCGGGGUUCAUGGAUUGAAGAUUUCUCUCCGAUCUCCGGCUCUCAGAACAGCAUCUACCUGCCCAUCACAGGACACGUUAGUGCUCCGCCCCCUCGGGAUGACCUCGCCUCCACCAGCGUCCCGGUUAUUAAAAUGGGCUGGCUGGACAAGAAUCCUCCUCAGGGGUCUCUGAUCUACCAGCGGCGCUGGGUCAAACUGGAUACUGAAUACCUGAGAUACUUCGACACUGAGAAGGACAUCUACUCGAAGAGAAUCAUACCAACAGCGUCCAUCACCGGCGUGGUCACGGUGGGCGAGCAGAAGUUUGAAGUGGUGACGCACAAUCGCACUUUCCUGUUCCGAGCCGAGAGCGAUUCGGAGCGGAGCGAUUGGGUGGUGGCGUUGAAGAGCUGUGUCGGGGUGUCCCGCGGGCGGACCAGUCUGGAUAUGUCCUUUAACCCCUGCAUGAACUACGAGAUGAAGGGUUACCUGGAGCUGCGCGGCCUGCGCUCCAAACUCUACACGGUGGUGUGUGCCGAUAAAGUCUUCCUCUACAAAAACACUGAGGAUUAUCGUCUGGGAAUCGGCAUCACCUCCAUCGAUAUGAAUGUUGGAAAUGUAAAGGAAGUGGAUCGGAGAGCGUUUGAUCUAACCACACCGUACCGCAUUUUCAGUUUUGUAGCAGAUACGGACCAGCUGAAGGAUCAGUGGGUGGAGGCCAUGCGUGAUUCUAUCGCAGAAGCGUUGUCCAAUUACGAAGUGGCUGAGCGCAUCUGGGCGGAGCCGUCCAAUCAGAUGUGUGCCGACUGCAGCGCUGCCAAACCCGAGUGGGCGGCUAUCAACCUGGCUGUGGUUUUCUGCAAGCGAUGUGCAGGAGAGCAUCGCGGUCUCGGCCCGAGCAUAUCGAAAGUACGCAGUCUCAAGAUGGACAAGAAGGUCUGGACGGAAGAUCUCAUCCAGCUGUUCCUCGCUCUAGGAAACGAACGAGCCAAUCAGUUUUGGGCGGCGAACGUCCCGCCCAGCGAGGCCUUGAACCUGAACAGCAGCAGCGAGGACCGACGCCGCUUCAUCACGGCAAAAUACCGCGAGGGGAAAUACCGCCGAUAUCACCCGCUGUUCGGCAACCAGAAAGAACUGAAUAACGCGCUGUGCAUUAACGUUCAGUCGAGCGAUGUGUGCGAGACGCUGGCGCUGGUGUUCUGCGGCGCCGAUGUGAGCUGUGACACCGGCGACCCCGAGCUGCCCUCUCCGAUCGUUCUGGCCCAACACCACGGACAGAACCUGCAGGUGGAGUUCCUCACGCAGAACCGCAACACAGAACUCCCGAGGUCAGAGGUGAAGGUUGCCGUCGACAGGGUGCACUACAUGGCCCCGCCCUCCGUCACGCAUAAUGGGUUUCUAUUUAAGAUCGCCUCCAUGGCUCGACCAAUCACAGAGAAGAAGGGAAAAGAAGAGUUCAGUCGGCGCUGGUGUGUGCUGAAUGACGGGAAUUUUAGCUACUAUGAAAGUGACAAAAACGCUACACCGAACGGAGGACUGAAGAUGAAGGAGAUCGUCUGUCUGGCUGUCAACCCUCCUGAGACUCAUGGGUACGAUCACACGUUUGAGCUGUACUCGGACGCGGAGCGCUUGUAUCUGUUCGGCACUGAUAAUCCGGAGACCAUGCGCGAGUGGGUCAAAUCCAUCGCAAAGUCGUUCAUUCCUGCGGGUGCGGAGGAUCUGUUGCUGAAGGACUUUGAGCGCAUCGGCCGGCUGCGGUAUAAAGACAGAUUGAACCUGGAGAUGUCGAGACUGGGCUGGUUUUGUCUGGUGGGAUCCAGCCUACACAUCCGGCUGGAGGAGCACACCGCAGACGAGACCAUCGACCUGCAGAAGCUCCUGGAGCUCUCGAUCCAGUCGGAGAAUGAGGUUCUGGUUCUGGUGGAACGAGGCAGGACGCUGUACAUCGAGGGCGAGAGGAAGCUGGAUUUCCAGGGCUGGGCGGCGGCCAUCCAGAGGGCUGCUGGGAGUUCUGGAGACACACUGAGUCAGCAGCAGCUGACGGAGGCCAACAUUCCCGUGAUCGUGGAGCGCUGCAUUCAUUUCACCACACAAUAUGGUCUGACGUCAGAGGGGAUUUACCGUAAAAGUGGUGUGAACAGUAAGAUCGCCGCUCUGCUGGAGGAGUUCAGACGGGACGCAAGAUGCGUUUGGCUGAAAGAAGGUGAACAUCAGGUGGACGACGUCUCCAACGUCCUCAAGCGCUUCUUCAGAGACAUCGAGGAGGGAUUGUUUGGCCAGGAGGCACAAAACUGGCUCACCGCUACAGGUUUUUCAGAUGAGAGCAGUCGGAUCUGUCAGUAUCGUCUUCUCUUCAGUAACCUUCCCCGAGUCAAUCAGGCGACACUACGAGCGCUAGUUAAUCAUUUAUACUGCGUUCAGCGAUUUGCGGAUCUCAAUCAGAUGAAUCUUCACAAUCUGGCCAUUGUUUUCGGACCGACUCUCUUCCAGGCGGACGGGAAGGACUACAGCGCCGGUCGGGUCAUCGAGGAUCUCAUCCAACACUACGUCACCAUAUUCGAUGUGAACGAGCAGCAGCUGAAAAAGCAGUUAGAUGAGAUCACAUACAUCAUAAAGCUCAGAGACAACCUCACACCUAAAGCUGGAACGGGCAGUGGUGAUUUUAUCUGUACAGUUUACCUGGAGGAGAAGAAGGAAACGGCCGAGCAGCAUGUAAAGAUUCCUGCCACGAUGACGGCAGCUGAACUGACGUUUGAGAUUUUGGACAGACGAAAAAUCAGUGUUAAGGAGAAAGACUACUGGUGCUGCUUUGAGGUGAAUGACAAGGAAGAAACAGAGCGGCCGCUGCACUAUCAGGAGAAAGUUCUGCCCAUCUUUCAUUCUUUGGGCACCGGCAGUCACCUGCUGGUCAAGAAGCACUUCUCCAUGGAGGCCAUGCUGGUCUAUCUGGCCAGUAAAGUGGAGGUGUCCAAACACGGCAUGAUGAAGUUCAAAGAGGAGAGGAGUCUGCUGGGUUUGAGCACCGGGAGCUUCAACGACCGAUACUUCAUCCUCACCAGCACCUCGCUCAGACUCUAUAAAGAAAUCCGGAAUCUCCAAAAGCUGCAAAGCCCAGAGCUGCAGUAUAGUAAUCGUCCAGAGCGAGAGUGGCCGGUCAAGUGUCUGAAAGUCUAUCACGGCAUUAAAAAGAGGCUCCGUCCACCAACAUGUUGGGGUCUCACAGUCGUCUAUGAAAGUGACAAACAGGAAAAGCAGGAGAGACAGCAGUGGUAUCUCUGCUGUGACACGCAGAAUGAAAUGAGGGAAUGGUUCGCUACUUUCAUGAGUAUUCAGAACGGUGGUCGCGUGUGGCCGGCGGAGUGGUUGAAGUCUCGCGCGGUGAGUCGCUCGGCACCGCUGGACGCUCGCUUCGGUAACGUGUCUCUGAUUCCUCUGCGCGGCAGUGAGAACGAGAUGAGGAAUAGUGUCGCCGCUUUCACAGCCGAUCCUCUCGCCCUCUUCAGAAAUGUUUGACAGAGUGAAUCGUGUUCAGGAACUGAAGGUGUGUGCGGGUCACAGUCACGUCCACGGUCGUUGAUCACUCAGAUCUGGAUCAGUUCAACACAUCAGUCCGUCCAUCACUGACUGUACCUGAGCGUUAGCAUUUUUUCUCACGCACUUUGACUUUCUCAGAGGUGACGGCACCUUACAGCACAUGUCACUGGUUCAAUCCAUCACUCUUUCCUGACACGCUCAUUCUGGGACAUCAGAGUGUUACUGGACUCGAUUCUCAUGGGUCACAUGAUGGUGAAGGACGGGAUGGAUUUAUGUUUCGUGUUUUUGUAUAUGUGUUCAGAAGCUGUUCACUGGACCGCAUCGUCACACGUGGGGCGCUUAGUGUCCAACUAACCCAUUUAAACACUCGAGACGUCCAGUGGGACCAAGUGGACGUGUGUUUUGUCUAACCUUCACACUUUUACAGACUGUAUAAAUUAUUUCGGCUUCGUUCCUGUUUUAACGCCAAUCAAAUGAAAAUGAAUCACAUCAAGAACUUUAAAGGUCACGGAUCAGUCCAUGGAGAGAGAGAGAGAGAGAGACAGAGAGAGAGAGAGAGAUAGUGUGUGUGUGUGUGAGAGAGAGAGAGAGAGUGUGUGUGUGUGUGUGUGUGUGUGAGAGAGAGAGAGAGAGAGAGCGAGAGAGAGAGAGUGUGUGUGUGUGUGUGUGUUUGUGUGUGUGAGAGAGAGAGAGAGAGAGAUUGAUGGUGCUUUCACAUUAUGGCAGAAUUACCAUAUAAAUAUAUAUAUGCUGAUUCUGACAUGAUGUGAACAUCCUAUAACUGUGUGUGUGUGUGUGUGUUUUAUUUCUGUGUGUGCUCAGAGUGUGUGUUUGUCAUCUGUUGAAUCCUGUAAAAAAAAAAAAGCGAUCGUGUUUUGUUGAUAUUGUUGUAAUAUAACUUUAUUCAUAUGAUUAGCCUUUAUAAUUUAAUUAUGAUGUUCCACACAUUAGCAUUCCAUAUGAGACAGUGAUUGUUUGUAAAUCAGAGAAACGCUGGUUUCGUUCACACACACACUGGGACUCGUUUCUGACACACGAGCAGAAUGAAUCAGUGAAUCAUCUGUGUUUAAUGAACGAAGCUCACAGACUGUAAUUACGGCAGCCUCGUUUAUCUGAUCAUGUGAUUGGUUCAAUUAGUGUCUGGUUUUAUGUGAAAUUAAAUCAGGUGGCGUAAAUGAGUUUGCACAGUUCUUUUCCCUCAGUUGUGUUCGUUUAAUGAGAAUCAGAGUCAGAUGUGAUUCAGACGCUCGUUAGUGUUUUACCUGGUGAAUAUGAAGAUUUGAUGACUCUUGAAGUAUUAUCUGAACGUCACGUUCAUCAAUCAGACGAGUUUGACGUGACAUCUGGAAAUUAUAAAUUCGUUUACAUGCUAAAGUCAAAAUGUACUCGUAUGACUCUUUGUUUCGUAGAAAAUAAUAGAAGAUAUUCUGAGACCAGAUUGUUUUGGGAUCCCAUUGACUUUCACUUAAAAAAAAAGUUCAGAUUUUUUGGCUGAAUUCUUUUGAAAUGUGUUAAUUUGAGAACAGAGUGUUUAGUUUCUAAUUUAACAAUUGUCAUAAGCACAUUGAAUUACUGUGAGAUUAGAACUUGUUUUAAGUCUUUGUACGUUGUGCUGUAUUUUCGCCGUUGUUGCUUGUUGCAUUUGAUCAGUGUGUGAAAAUAUCAUCAGAAUUUUAAAGUUUUA